UUAGUAAUGGAAGCAUUUCUAUCCCGUAUAGCGAGUCAAUUUUAGAGACCAACAAAGAAUUCGAAAAUCUGUCAAUCAAUAACUUUAUCCCGAAUAGCGAGCCAAUUUCAGAGAUCAACGAAGCAUUACAAAAUCU